AUGAAAUUAUUAUAUGAGCCCGUUUCAACAUUAUGUGGUCAUACAUUUUGUUUACAAUGUCUCGAACGUGUACUAUCAAUGAGUAAAAUGGUUCAAUGUCCAUUAUGUCGUGAUAAUUUGAAUUAUUUACGAAACGUUCAACUAAAAGUCAAUGUUAUUUUACAUAAUCUAUUUCAAUCAUGUUAUGUACAAGACUAUUUCGAACGAAAGGUGGAAACAGAUAAGAUUCGUCGUGAAUAUGAUGAACGAAAACAAAUACUAUCGAAAGAAAAUCAUCUUGUUGAAUUUCAUACAGUAUUGAGUGAUUAUGUGGAUGAUACAUUAACGGCACUGCCGAAUUUUUCGAGUGAACCCGAUAGCGGAUCGAGAUACCAUUCAUCAACUACGCAUAAUAAUUAA